AAUUAUACUAUUUUCAGAGCUUCAUCUCUUUGUCCUCUUUAAAUAACUCCAAUCCCUUUCUCGCUUCAAACUGCAAUCUAGGGUUCCAAAUUUAGGAAAUCGAAAUCCAACUGAAAAUGGAGCAGACCUUCAUCAUGAUCAAGCCCGAUGGCGUCCAGAGAGGCCUCGUUGGAGAGAUCAUUAGCCGAUUUGAGAAGAAGGGCUUCUAUUUGAAAGCAAUGAAGCUUAUCACUGUGAACAAAUCCUUUGCUGAGAAGCACUACGAGGAUCUUUCCUCAAGGCCCUUCUUUCCUGCGCUUGUUAACUACAUUAUCUCUGGCCCGGUAGUUGCCAUGGUUUGGGAGGGAAAGAAUGUUGUUUCCACUGGUCGCAAGAUUAUCGGUGCCACCAAUCCAGCAGACUCUGCUCCUGGCACUAUUCGUGGCGAUUACGCCAUUGUAAUGGGGAGAAACAUCAUCCAUGGAAGUGAUUCAGUUGAGAAUGCAAGGAAGGAAAUCGCACUGUGGUUCCCUGAGGGUAUCUCAGAGUUUAAGAGCAGCCUUCACCCCUGGAUCUAUGAGUAAAUCUGCCAUCUUUGCAUCUGCUGCUGCUGCUGCAUUAUCCAGAGACUUACAUGGAUCUAGCCUUUUAAUUAAGUGCCAUAACUGAAUUUUUUUGGCUUUUGAGUAUCAGAAAAACACAGUGAACCUGUGGAACUUGUCGCGUGGUAAUUAUGCGUCUUCAAUAAUCACCUCUUUCAAUAUGUUUGGCCGCGGAUUGUUUUGUUAACUGUGGCUUGGAACUUGGAAGUUCUGAUGUGUUUACGUUUUCUUAUGUAAUGCAUCUAUCUUGUUUGUAUUGCAUUAUAUUUUCACAGUUCA